CCCUACACGUGCUCUGAGUGCAGGAAAAGCUUCAAUCGGAGCUCUGCCCUGAUCACACAUCGGAGAAUCCACACAGGUGAGAAACCUUAUGGAUGCUCUGAGUGUGGGAAACACUUCAGUCAGAGGCCACACCUUACCGCACAUCAGACAAUCCACACGGGCGAGAAACCUUAUGAAUGCUCUGAGUGUGGGAAACGCUUCAUUGAUAGCUCAACCCUCAUCUCACAUCAGCGAAUCCACACAGGAGAGACGCCCUACACAUGCUCUGAGUGCGGGAAAAGCUUUAAUCAGCACUCUCACCUUAUCACACAUCAUAGAAUCCACACAGGAGAGAUGCCCUACACAUGCGCUGAAUGCGGGAAAAGCUUCAAUCAGAGCUCAAACCUUAUCAAACAUAGGAGAAUCCACACAGGUGAGAAACCUCAUGGAUGCUCUGAGUGUGGGAAACACUUCAUUCAUCAUUCAGCCCUCAUCUCACAUCAGAGAAUCCACACGGGAGAGACGCCCUACACAUGCUUGGAGUGUGGGAAAAGUUUUAGUCGGCACUCAGCCCUCAUCACACAUCGUAGAAUCCACACAGGAGAGAGACCCUACACGUGCUCUGAGUGCGGGAAGAGCUUCAAUCGGAGCUCAAACCUUAUCACACAUAGGAAAAUCCACACGGGUGAGAAACCUUAUGGAUGCUCUGAGUGUGGGAAACGCUUCAUUCAUCGUUCAGCCCUCAUCUCACAUCAGAGAAUCCACACAGGAGAGACGCCCUACACGUGCCCUGAGUGCGGGAAAAGCUUCAAUCAGAGCUCUGCCCUGAUCACACAUCAGAGAAUCCACACAGGAGAGACGCCCUACACGUGCACUGAGUGUGGGAAAAGCUUCAAUCGGAGCUCAAACCUUAUCACACAUAGGAGAAUCCACACAGGUGAAAAACCAUAUGGAUGCUCUGAGUGUGGGAAACGCUUCAUUGAUAAUUCAACCCUCACCUCACAUCAGCGGAUCCACACAGGAGAGAAGCCCUACACGUGCUCUGAGUGUGGGAAAAGCUUCAAUCAGAGCUCAAACCUUAUCAAACAUCAUAGAAUCCACACAGGAGAGAUGCCCUUCACAUGCUCUGAGUGUGGGAAAAGCUUUAGUCAGCACUCACAACUUAUCUCACAUUGUAGAAUCCACACAGGAGAGAAACCCUACGCAUGCUCUGAGUGCGGAAAACGCUUCAGUUAUAGCUCAGCCCUUACCACACAUCAGAGAAUCCACACAGGUGAGAAACCUUAUGGAUGCUCUGAGUGUGGAAAACGCUUCAUUCAUUGUUCAGCCCUCAUCUCACAUCAGAGAAUCCACACAGGAGAGAAGCCCUACAUAUGCUCGGAGUGCAGGGAAAGCUUCAAUCAGAACUCUACCCUGAUUGCACAUCAGAGAAUCCACACAGGAGAGAGACCCUACACAUGUUCCGAGUGUGGGAAAAGCUUCAAUCAGAGCUCAAACCUUAUUAAACAUCAGAAAAUCCACACUGGAGAGAAACCCUACACGUGCUCUGAGUGCGGGAAAAGCUUCAAUCGGAGCUCUGCCCUGAUCACACAUCGGAGAAUCCACACAGGUGAGAAACCUUAUGGAUGCUCUGAGUGUGGGAAACACUUCAGUCAGAGGCCACACCUUACCGCACAUCAGACAAUCCACACGGGCGAGAAACCUUAUGAAUGCUCUGAGUGUGGGAAACGCUUCGUUGAUAGCUCAACCCUCAUCUCACAUCAGCGAAUCCACACAGGAGAGACGCCCUACACAUGCUCUGAGUGCGGAAAAAGCUUCAAUCAGCACUCUCACCUUAUCACACAUCAUAGAAUCCACACAGGAGAGAUGCCCUACACAUGCGCUGAAUGCGGGAAAAGCUUCAAUCAGAGCUCAAACCUUAUCAAACAUAGGAGAAUCCACACAGGUGAGAAACCUCAUGGAUGCUCUGAGUGUGGGAAACACUUCAUUCAUCAUUCAGCCCUCAUCUCACAUCAGAGAAUCCACACGGGUGAGAAACCUCAUGGAUGCUCUGUGUGUGGGAAACGCUUCAGUGAUAGUUCAGCCCUCAUUUCACAUCAGCGAAUCCACACAGGAGAGAGACCCUACACAUGCUUGGAGUGUGGGAAAAGUUUCAGUCAGAGCUCAAACCUUAUCACACAUAGGAAAAUCCACACGGGUGAGAAACCUUAUGGAUGCUCUGAGUGUGGGAAACGCUUCAUUCAUCGUUCAGCCCUCAUCACACAUCAGAGAAUCCACACAGGAGAGACGCCCUACACGUGCCCUGAGUGCGGGAAAAGCUUCAAUCAGAGCUCUGCCCUGAUCACACAUCAGAGAAUCCACACAGGAGAGACGCCCUACACAUGCACUGAGUGUGGGAAAAGCUUCAAUAAGAGCUCAAACCUUAUCACACAUAGGAGAAUCCACACAGGUGAAAAACCAUAUGGAUGCUCUGAGUGUGGGAAACGCUUCAUUGAUAAUUCAACCCUCACCUCACAUCAGCGGAUCCACACAGGAGAGAAGCCCUACACGUGCUCUGAGUGUGGGAAAAGCUUCAAUCAGAGCUCAAACCUUAUCAAACAUCAUAGAAUCCACACAGGAGAGAAGCCCUUCACAUGCUCUGAGUGUGGGAAAAGCUUUAGUCAGCACUCACAACUUAUCUCACAUUGUAGAAUCCACACAGGAGAGAAACCCUACACAUGCUCUGAGUGCGGAAAACGCUUCAGUUAUAGCUCAGCCCUUACCACACAUCAGAGAAUCCACACAGGUGAGAAACCUUAUGGAUGCUCUGAGUGUGGGAAACGCUUCAUUCAUUGUUCAGCCCUCAUCUCACAUCAAAGAAUCCACACAGGAGAGAAGCCCUACAUAUGCUCGGAGUGUGGGAAAAGCUUCAAUCAGAACUCUACCCUGAUUGCACAUCAGAGAAUCCACACAGGAGAGAGACCCUACACAUGCUCCGAGUGUGGGAAAAGCUUCAAUCAGAGCUCAAACCUUAUUAAACAUCAGAAAAUCCACAUGGGAGAUACACGCUACACAUGCCAUGAGUGUGGGAAAAGCUUCAGUGGGAGCUCAGACCUUCUCACACAUCAGAGAAUCCACAGAGGAGAGAAGCCCUACAUGUGCUCUGAAUGUGGGAACAGCUUCAAUCGGAGCUCACACCUUAUCAGACAUAGGAGCAUCCACACAGGAGAGACGCCGUACACGUGCUCUGAGUGCAGGAAAAGCUUCAAUCGGAACUCAAGCCUUAUUAGACAUCAGAAAAUCCACACAGGAGAAAAACCCUACACGUGCUCUGAGUGUGGGAAACGCUUCAGUUAUAACUCAGUCCUCAUCUCACAUCAGCGAAUCCACACAGGAGAGACACCCUACACGUGCUCUGUGUGUGGGAAAAGCUUCAACCAGGGCUCAACCCUCAUCACACAUGAGAGAAUCCACACAGGAGAGAGACCCUACAUGUGCUCUGAGUGUGGGAAAAGCUUCAAUCAGAGCUCAAACCUUAUCAGACAUCGGACAAUCCACAGAGGAGAGACGCCCUACACAUGCGCUGAGUGUGGGAAGAGUUUUAAGCAGAGCUCUGCCCUGAUCACACAUCAGAGAAUCCACACAGGGGAGGUGCCCUACACGUGCUCUGAGUGUGGGGAACGCUUUAGUUAUAGCUCAGCCCUCGUCUCACAUCAGAGAAUCCACAGGGGAGAGACAUCCUACACGUGCUCUGAGUGUGGGAAAAGCUUCAGUCGGAGCUCCAGCCUUAUUAGACAUCAGAAAAUCCACAUGUGAGAUAACUGUAAUAAAUGCCUUGAUUCCGGCUGGCCAAAGAUUGUUUUUAAAAAGAUCACAAAUGCGAAUUCCCACAGAGCGACCUUUGCACCAUGUUCAGCGUGGUCUCUCAGCUCCCCUAGAUGAAUUGCCUGCUUCUGCCUUUUGCAGCUCCCCGUUCUUUGGGAUCCGUCCUGUGAUUUUUUUUUCCUGUCAACUCUUUUCCUUUUGAGUUGUAGGAGUGUGUAUCCCUCCAGCCAGGAAUGUUCUUCACAGGGAGAAGAGGUGGGGGAGAGAGGUUGGAUCCCAACAAGCUACACUGAGGUAAAAACUACCUGGGCCUUACAUCCACUAGGGCUG